AUGUUGCUUCCACUUUUCCUUCAGCGCUGGAUUUUACUCAACACUGUUCGGCUGUUCACCAUCGUCUCGUGCAGCGUCGUGAUCGGCUCCACGAUUCGAACCCUCAAAAUCAACUUUCAGCACUAUCCACCAGCUCCGACUUCUGCCUCCUCUACUCGGAGCGCGUACCAUCCUUCUACCGACAUACCUACGACAUUCCUCGGAGUGUUCUGGUCCACCCUACACCACAUAUCCACCUGCGUCGUGCUGCUCACCGUGAUGGUCUCGGAACUCUCACUUCCCAUCCCCCUGGUGCAUCGGCUGUUUAAGAACACGCUCCCGUUUCUAGGGCCCAAUUGGGGAACCGCAUGCUUGGGCGUGCUGUUGAUCUUGGUAGCAGCUGAUGGGCUGAGCCGAGGUCAAGUCGGGGGUAGGUUCGCCGAGAUCAGUGCGUGGACGUUAGCGAGUAUGGGGGUGGCGAAUGUGGGCGUGGGCGUGGUGUGGAGAGCCAAGGCUAAGGUGGUAAGAAGCUGGAGCGGGUGGAAGGCCGAAGUGGCCGAGAAGCUCGAGAGGCUGGCGGAUGCCAAGAGGGAUGCGGAGAGGGUGGUGGAUGAGCUACCUUUUGUGGCUGGCAUGGAUGGCAAAGGAGGAAAACGGCAAGCCGAGCGAGGAGCGGUGCGGACGCGGUUGAAACGUCUCAUCGGGCUGGCCGGGAAGAAAGUUGCUCAACAGAUCGACAAGUGCCAGCCCAAGAAAGAGGACAAGAGGCAAGAACACGCGGCGGAGAACGAGCUGGAAAAGCGACCAACCUCUGCUCGCAACCUGUCGAUCUUCACACCACCUCUGCCGUCGGUUGUGGUCAAAUCGAGAGUGGUGCACACUCCACCUUUGGCUCCCACCACAGAAGCAGCAGCUGUAGCAGCCUCGUCAGCUACGACAAAGUUACCUCCUCCGCUCAUGAUCGCUCGCACAGCGGCUUUCGGACUAUCUCGCAAACGUUCACCUUCUAUCCACUCGAUUUCAUCCACAUGCACCUGCUCAACCUACACAUUCGACAUGCGCGAAUCUCAACCGCACGCACUGCCAUUUACCAACACCCCGAUCCUCACCACCACCGACAGCCCGCCGACCGCGCCGCACGAGCCUCUAUCACCAUCGGCUUGCAAACCAACACUCAGGACAGUCCGCUUCCAUCAGACAUGUAAAGUACACCACCCUUCAACGACGAUCGAGUCGUUGCAACCCGUUCGCGAUCUGCAUCGAUCGUCGCUCGAAGCAGUGAAUGUGGACGGCUCCAACUUCCAUCUUCUCACGCCAUCGCCACUAGGACGCAGCCACAGUGUGCAUCUUGCUCCUCCUCCAUUGGCGCUCUCGUCGGAUGGCACGUUGCUCCAAGGCGAACGUUCACCUUGGCUUGUCGCUUCGCUCAAAGCUGCCAUGUUGCAAGCACAGGCCAAGGCAGGUUCGCACAAAAAACCCUUGUAUCUCGGAAGCCAUCGUUGGAAAGAGGAGUACGAGGCCAUGACUAGUGCGCCUUGCUCCACAACUGGUAGCGACGACCACGACCACGACCACGCGUACGUCGAAUCGCCGCAUACUCAACGAAACCAGGAUCCCAUCCAAAUGCCAUCGCAAAAGCCUCAGCUAGACGCGAGACCGUAUCACUUUCUGUGA